AUGCUUAAUGAACCAGAUAUUCAACCCAAUGCGACAAUUAACCAUUGGAUUCAAGGAAUAUUAUUAUUCGACUUCACUCUUGUUCAUGUACCUGCCACCAAGUUUAAAGGUCCAGAUGCCUUAUCUCGGAGACCUUUGGCAGAGAACGAAGAGGUUAUUCCUGAAGAAGAUUCUUGGCUAGAUGAUAUAGCCCUUUUCAAUCACAUAUCCCCAUCCUAUCAUCCAACUUCAUUACCCUUAGUCCUAGCUUCUACUAUCAGCCAAGAAGAAAGUUUGAAGAAUAUCUUCAAAUUUCUUACUACACUAGAAGCACCUCAUUUUGCUAGAACAUCUCAAAGGAAAAAGUUUGUCCAACGGGCUACUCAAUUUUUUGUCCGUGGUGGACAGAUGUUCAAAGACAAGGAGAUAGACCACCUUUGCUUGUUGUUUUUGCUAUCAACAAGAGAGUGGUCAUUCUCAAUGAAGCACAUAAAGGGCUAG